AUGGCUGAAACUUCCCUCACAAAAAGCCACUCAAAUGUUGAGUUCAACGACAUGGUUUACGAUGAAGAGUAUGAAAAUCUUGGCCAAGAAUAUAAGGAACUGGUUCUCUCUCUUCCCAGAGAGAAAGGUUGGGUUUCUUCAUACAUUUAUCUCAACCAAGAACUUUGGUACGGAGCAACUCAAAUUCAAGCCAUAAGCUUAUUUCACAAGCAGUUCCAAGCCAAAGAUAGUGAUAUUAUUAUAGCAUCUACACCAAAAUCAGGAACUACUUGGUUAAAGGCCCUUGUUUUUGCUAUUGUGAAUCGCAAUUGUUUCUCUCCCUCUCAAAAUAACCAUCCUUUGCUCAUUUCCAAUCCUCACGAACUUGUUCCUUUCUUUGAGUUUUACGUUUGUGAAAAUAACCAGAUACCUGACCUCUCCGACUUGCCUGAGCCAAGACUUUUUGGUACCCAUGUUCCAUUUCAUUCGUUACCCGAUUCAAUUACCAAGUCCAAAUGCAAGAUAAUAUAUAUUUGUCGCAACCCAUUUGACAAUUUUGUGUCUUUUUGGUUUUUCUACAACAAAAUUGUACCACCACCAUUACGCAAAUUAUCACGUGAGGAAGCCUUUGAGAGGUAUAUCAAAGGGAACAUGGAAUUUGGUCCAUUUUGGACAAACAUUUUGGGUUAUUGGAAGCAAAGCAAAGAGACACCAACUAGGGUUCUGUUUUUAAAGUAUAAUGACUUGAAAAGAGAUAUCAAGUAUCACUUGAAAACAGUGGCUGACUUCUUGGGUUUUGCAUUUAGCAUGGAGGAGGAAAGUAAUGGUGUCAUUGAAAGCAUCAGUGAGUUGUGUAGCUUUGAGAAAAUGAAGGGAUUGGAGGCAAAUAAGACAGGAAAAGUUUUUCAAAGGUAUGAAACAAAGAACUUUUUUAGGAAAGGUGAGGUAGGAGACUGGGUGAAUCAUUUUUCUCCUUGGAUGGAAGAGAGAUUGUCCAGAGUGAUAGAAGAGAAGUUGCGCGGAUCUGGUCUGUCCUUUUGA